AUGGGUUUCCACAAAUCGUCUAUGAACAUCGAGCUCAAGCAAGGCCAUGUACUUACCGCAUACUGCGCCCGCCCGUCCGGAGAAGCAUGCUACUCGGAAUUGGACUUGAACGAAUUCCUCGGAGUCAGGAAGGGUAAACUCGCAUGGGGCUCGCAGGAUUUCUCCAAAUCCGCGGAUAACGUCCACCUCGAGUGGGAGGGGGAUUGUAAGCCCAAGAACCCGAUUCUCUAUGCAGAGUUGAUGGACGGAAACGAGAACCACAACUCCUGCGUGAAUUUGGCCGACUGCAUCAAGAACGAGGAUGGACACCUGCGAUUCAUGGAAUGUUUCUAA